GUCCAAAUUCGUACAAGUCAAGCUGCUAGCCAGCACAGCAGUAAACAAGGUCCUGAGAAGCGUAGCGUAUCGGCGACCGUCGAGAUCCAACAAAGCGAAAAUGUCGCGGCGGCGAGUUCAAAUCGACGGCGAAGAUGAAGAUGAAAGUAAAAGAGCAGUAGAUUACACAGGCGACUAUCUCUCCGUUCCUACCACGCCUUAUCUCUUCAACAUUCUACAGAAACAAGGUGACAAAAAGGUUUUCUUUGCGGAUAGAGUAUUAAAGUUUACUAGCUCAGGGAAGAUGAAGAGACGCAUUCUUCUUAUGACUGAUUUUGCAAUUUACAUUGUUGACCCCGACACCGGUACACUCAAGAGACGGGUCUCUUUAGCAGCUGUUGAAAAAAUUUGUUUGAGUGAAUUAAGUGAUAAUUUCCUUGCCAUUGUCAUCCCAACUGAAUAUGAUAUUCUCUUGGCUAGCACUCGCAAGAGUGAAAUUGUUGCUAUGUUACUUGAAGGCACUAAAAGUACAUCAGACUAUGAACUUGAGGUGUUUUCCUCUAACAGUUUUGAGUAUAAUGCGGCCGCUCAUAUGGUGAAAGAAAUAAUAUUCGAGGAAGCUGCAGGUGGAGUUCGAACUAGAAUUCUGCGGAAGUGAUUUGUACUAAUGUGAGGCCUACAAUCUAAGAAAUGUGGUUUCCAGUGCCUUUGUAUUGAAGAAUUGAAGGGAGUAAUGGCAUCUCUUGAAGAAUUUAGGGGUAUGCUGGCCAUCAACUAAUUGCAUAGAAGUGACAAACAUUUAUGUGAUUGCAAUUCUUUUCAUCUUGUUCCCCAGCCGUGCCAGAUGUUGUAGAUUAUCUCUAUACAUGAUUGCUAUUUGUGUAUUUGUUUUGAGUAACAAUUCCGUGACUUGUGACAAUUGAUCUUUCUAAACUGGAAAGGAGAAUGUUCACCAAUGAGCCCAUUUUUUGGUGUACAGUAUAUUUUUGUAAUACAGAAAACAGUUUGUAGAUAUUAUUGAAUUCUGGUUUCUUUGGAGUAUUGUAUUGUCUAUGUUUGUGAA